AUGGUCCGGCCGGAGCCUCUCCAUCGCCCCAGGCCGCUCCCUUGCCGCUCUGGUGCGGGCGGGAGGAAGGCCGGGGCUCAGCGCUGGGGCUGGCUGUGGCUGGAAGGGGCCGCGGGGCUGCCUGGAGAGCAGCUCCUGGCUUUCCGGGGCUGCAGAGCAAACAUUUGGUGCGGCCUUCAUAACCCUUGCUCAAAACUCGCUCCCUCUGGGCCAUGCCAGCCCUCCCCAGCUGUUGCCGGCCAGCCUGUGCAGCGGUUGGGAGGCCCAGUGGCUGUCCCCACAAAUGAGAAUUGGCAAGCGGCUCAGCAGACACACAAUGAAAUCAAGAGCAGCCCUGAUGAGCUGGAAGAGUAUGACAUGAGGAAUGGACGCAUGGCUUUCUUGAUGUGUGUGACAACAGGUAGAACUGGUGCGGAGAACGAUAUUGAAGUAAUGAGGAAGUUGUUUCAAGACUACAACUUUACUCACCAAGAAUGCAUAGACCCUUUUGGGCAGGAUAUAGUACCAAAGUUGGAAAAAUUCCGUGAUGAAAUCAAUCAGUCGGCAGAUGUCGUUAGCUGCUGCCUCAUCACUCUUAUGAGCCAUGGGACAAGAAAUGGCUACAUUAGUGGGAAAGAUGAAGUCAAAGUUAAUCUCAAAGAUAUAUUUCCACUAUUCAACAAUGCAAACUGUCCAAAACUUCGAGGAAAGCCCAAAAUCUUUAUCAUUCAGGCAUGCAGAGGAGGAAACGUAGAUGAAGGAGUUGAAGAAAAGGACAAUGUUUUCCAGGAAUCUGACGACAUGAUGGAUGCCAUGAGGCUACCAACAACUAGUGAUUACUAUAUUGUAUAUUCCACUCAGAAAGGUUAUAUUUCUUUGCGUAACAAAAUAAUUGGAUCAAGGAUGAUUGAAGCAAUGAAUAAAGUGUUCUCACAGCAUGGCAUGAAGUGGCACCUAGGGGAUUUAUUUACAAAGGUAAAUAAUCUGCUGGUGCAGAGAGAUUUCAGCAUAGACAGACACAUUGUGAAAGUGACAAUAGUCAUGGAAUCCACUUUAACCAAGGCUGUGUACCUUACACCUAGACUGGCUAAUAUGUAAAAAUUCAUUGCCUAUUGAAUAAUUUCCGUCUCACCAAUUAUUGCAAAACUCUUAAAGAUGUUCCUUUUAACCAGCUAGUUUUAUUGACUUUUAGCAGCUUUCUGAUGUGAUUGUUCUAAUAAAAGUCACAGUUUUAAACACUUUUAUAAGAAUUUUGGAAAAUAUACUUUGGGGUAUUGACUCUACUUCAUUUAUACUGUUUAUAAAUAAAAAUAAACCCUACAAGAAGUUGCUUGUUUUCUGAAACUCUUUUGUUUUUUCCAGGUCUCUAGAGAACAUUUUUUUUUCUCUGUAGUACUAUUUACAUCUCCAAAGUACCUAACU